UGCACUUCUGAAAGCGACCACUGGCACGUUGUUGCAUUGCUCUCAUUCCCCACAGAAGCCAAGAGGACAACAAGCGCUUUUCAGACUGCCUUCUGAGAGUCUGUGAAAUUACUGCUGCCUGCAUCAUGUGCUGUCGUCUCCUCAAAACUUAUGUUGACACACAACUAACCAUCUCGAGAACAUGUGAUUUAGCAAUCCUCAGCCUUUAUUGUGAGCUGAACAUUCUCAGCUGAAGUUAUUUUCUUGUCGCAGAAUCGGAUCUCGCAAAUCGAUCAGCAGUCAUUCGUCGUUUAUUGCAGUGUCUGUCUUUUCUAGAGAGAAAAAAAUCCGAAUAAAGGCGCAUGUUUUUGUUUGGUUACUUUUGUUGAAGUUUAUACGCAUUGCGCAUCAUUGCAUUGGGGUUUGAAGAUACGGUGUUGAAAAUGGACUUAAACUGCAACUAACUCGGAAUACUUUCGCAGUGAACCAAGUAUAAAUAAUAAUUGAACGUGUUAUUUUACUACUCUUUGGAUAAAUAUAAAUUAUGGAAGAAGACGGGCAACAUGAUAACGGCGGUGUUCACGGCACCAAAGAUUCGGACCGCCAGCAACGCUUGAGGCUCUGUGUUUUAAAUGAAAUUUUGAACACCGAGAGGGAUUACGUUCGGGUAUUGCUUUUCCUUCAAUCGGCCUUUUUGCACAGAAUCCGACAAACUGCCGAAGAGCAACAGUGUCUGUCGCCUGAGCAUGUCAAGAUCCUGUUCUCCAACAUUGAGUCAAUCCUGGACGUUCACAGAGAGGUGCUGUCUGCAGUGGAGGCCAGCCUGCACCCAGAGCCACAGCCAGGGCAUGCCCUCGGACAAGUCUUCCUCCAGUUUAAGGGGCGGUUCUCGGUGUAUGGGGAGUACUGCAGUAACCACGAGAAAGCCCUGCGGCUGCUGAUGGAGCUCAACAAGAUCCCCGAAAUCAGGACCUUCCUCCUGCACUGUAUGCUGCUGGGAGGGAAGAAGAGCACAGACAUUCCCCUGGAGGGGUACCUGCUAUCGCCCAUUCAGAGGAUCUGCAAGUACCCCCUUCUACUGAAGGAGCUGCUGAAGCGGACCCCCAAGAAGCACGCGGACUACCCUGCGGUGGAGGAGGCCCUGCAGGCCAUGAAGGCAGUGUGCUCCAACAUCAAUGAGACCAAGAGGCAGAUGGAGAAACUGGAGGCCCUGGAGCAGCUGCAGUCGCACAUCGAGGGCUGGGAGGGCACCAAUCUGACUGACAUCUGCACCGAGCUGCUGCUCCACGGUAACCUGCUCAAGAUCUCAGCCGGCAACAUCCAGGAGAGAGUCUUCUUCCUGUUCGACAACCUCUUGGUUUACUGCAAGAGGAAGUCCAGGGUUUCUGGGAAGAAGUCCACCAAAAGGACCAAGUCCAUCAACGGUCCCCUGUACCUGUUCCGAGGAAGAAUCAACACCGAGGUGAUGGAGGUGGAAAACGUCGAGGACGGAACAGCCGACUACCACAGCAACAACUACACGGUGACCAACGGCUGGAAGAUCCACAACACGGCCAAGAACAAGUGGUUUGUCUGCAUGGCCAAGAACUCGGAGGACAAGCAGAAGUGGCUCGACGCCAUCUUGAGGGAACGAGAGCAGAGAGAGAGUCUGAAGCUGGGGAUGGAGCGGGAUGCCUAUGUGAUGAUUGCCGAGAAGGGCGAGAAACUCUACCACAUGAUGAUGACCAAGAGCCGCCACCUGAUCAAGGACCGGCGUCGGAAGCUGAGCAUCGUUCCCAAGUGCUUCAUGGGAAAUGAGUUUGUGUCAUGGCUGAUAGAUAGUGGAGAGAUCAGCAAGCCAGAUGAGGGGGUCAACCUGGGUCAAGCUUUGCUGGAGAAUGGCAUCAUCCACCACGUGUCCGACAAGCACCAGUUCAAGAAUGAGCAGGUGUUGUACCGUUUCCGCUACGACGACGGCACCUAUAAGGCCAGGAGCGAGAUGGAGGACAUUAUGUCAAAGGGUGUGAGGCUCUACUGUCGCCUGCACAGCCUGUUCACCCCUGUUGUCAAGGACAGAGACCACCAUUUAAAAACCUUCAAGUCUGUGGUGCCUGCCAGCAAACUGGUGGACUGGCUUCUGUCACAGGGUGACUGUUCCACACGUGAGGAUGCGGUGACGUUGGGGGUUGGACUGUGCAACAAUGGCUUCAUGCACCACGUCCUGGAGAAGAGCGAGUUCAAAGACGAAUCGCAGUUCUUCCGUUUCUAUGCCGACGAGGAGAUGGAGGGCACGAGUUCCAAGAGCAAGCAGCUGCAACGCAAUGACUUCAAGCUCAUUGAGAACAUCCUGGCCAAGUCCCUGGUGAUCCACCCUGAGGAGGAGGACUACGGCUUUGAAAUCGAGGAGAAGAACAAGGCCAUCGUGGUGAAGUCUGUCACCAGGGGCUCUCACGCCGAGAUGGCGGGGCUGCAGGCGGGCAGGAAGAUCUUCACCAUCAACGAGGACCUGGUGUUCCUCAGGCCCUUCCAGGAGGUGGAGACCAUGAUCAACCAGGCCUUCUGCAUCCGCCGCUCCUUACGCCUGCUGGUCAACACCAAGGCCAAGGAGAUCGUGAAGGUUCCAGACACUCCAGAUCCCCUGUCCUUCAAACUCUGUGGCUCCGCCCCACCUCAUGUACACGCAGUAAGGAAAGGGUCGGAGGCGGCGGCAGCGGGCCUCCAGCCAGGUCAGUGUAUCCUGAAGGUGAACGGCAACAGCAUGAACCUCAGUGACUACCAGGAGGUCCUGGAGCACUUCACCUCCUCCCAGCAGGAACACCCCGACAUGUAUCAGUGGGUGUAUCGGGCAUUUGAGGAUGUUGAGGAGGACAGGGGGUCGUUCAGGGCCUGCCCAGCAGAGAAUGGCUCUGAGACAGAGGAGGAGAAUGCCAGGAAUGGAACAGACUAUAGCCUGAGCAGGCUGUCCAUGUCUGAUGACUCUGUGCCUCUGGUGAGCAUGAUGGUUGACAACGUGCACCUGGAGCAUGGCGUGGUGUACGAGUACGUCAGCACGGCCGGCAUCAAGAGCCACGUCCUGGAGAAGAUGGUGGAGCCCAAGGGCUGCUUCAGCCUCACCGCCAAAAUCCUGGAGGCCUUUGCCGGUGACGACAGCCAUUUUGUGCGCAACUGCAGCCAGCUGAUCUCACAGAGCGACCGCGUGGUUUCGAUGCCUCAGUUUGAGUUCAGGAACAUCUGUGACACCAAGCUGGAGAGCAUCCGCCGACGAAUCAGCAGCUACCAGCAGUUUGCCCAGGAGCUGAGGAACAAGGCGUGUCCCACGUUCAAGCAGGCGGGUGUGCGGCCUCACCCACUGGGCUGCAUGGACUUUGUGCCCACCAACUGCCACGUCAACCUGAUGCAGGUAUCUUACCCCAAGACCACCACGGCCACUGGCAGGGCCUUCAGCAUCCGCUUUGGACGCAAGAACUCCUUCUUCGGCCUGGACCCCGACCAAGCUAACCUGAACCCAAUGUCCCACACCCAGCACUGUGUGACAAGCAUGGGCGCCCCGUCCUACAGCUGCAGCGGUCUGGGAGAGGAGGGGGAGUGGGACAUCGAGGGCUCUGUAGAGGGCACUCCAGACAGGAGGCAGCAGGCCCACCGGGGGAAAGGCCUCAGCUUCCUGCUCAAACAGGAGGACAUGGAGAUCCAGGACGCAUACAUCCGCCUCUACAGCCGCCUUGACAUCGCUGUCCGAGAAAUGAGGCAGUACGUCACCCAGAUAGAUGUCCUGCUGUCGUCCAUCACGGAGCCCACCCAGCCGCAGGGCAGCGAGCCCCCAGCCUACGAGGCCAGCCAGCCCCCCUCUGUGGCCCCUGAGGAGGGGGACCAGGAAAAAGCAGAGCACGGGGGCAUCAAGAGGGUCUGCUUCAAGGUGACUGAGGAGGACCAGGAGGACUCGGGCCACGAUACCAUGAGCUACAGGGACUCGUACAGUGAAUGUAACAGUAACAGGGAUUCUGUCCUGUCAUACACAAGUGUGCGUAGCAACAGCUCUUACCUGGGGAGUGACGAGAUGGGUUCAGGUGACGAGCUGCCCUGUGACAUGAGGAUUCCCUCAGACAAGCAGGACAAGCUGCAUGGCUGUCUGGAGCACCUUUUCAACCAGGUGGAUUCCAUCAAUAGCCUGCUCAAAGGGCCCGUCAUGACCAAGGCCUGCGAGGAAACCAAGCACUUUCACCCCGACCACACUCAGCCAGAGUUCCGUCACACUGAGGACUGGACGGUACGCUGUCGUUACAUCAUCCACAAAAACAUCCAGGAGGACCCUUGGAACCUGCCCAGCUCCAUCAAGACACUGGUGGAGAGCCUACAGAGAUUUGUGGAUGAUGGGAAGAACCAGCUGCUUCUGGCCCUGCUCAAAUGUACAGACACGGCUCUGCAGCUGCGGCGGGACGUGAUUUUCUGCCAGAGUGCGGCGGGUGCCGUGUGCACUCUUUCCGAGCAGCUCCUGGCGGCACUGCGUGCCCGCUUCAACAACGCCGGCGAGUACGAGGAGGACAGCAAGGAGACGAGCCGCAAGUGGCUGGAACAGGCGGCCGCCAUUGGCGUGCUGCUCAACUUCCAGGCCUCACUGGCGCCCCACGUGAAGGAGGAGAGGACGAUGCUGGAGGAUACCAAGGCGGCCCUGUUGGACCUGGACAAAGUCACUGUGUUCUUCCGCCAGCUGGAGGAUGAAUGCCUGGUCGCAAACACGCCGGUGUGUUACCACGUGGAGGGCAGCCGGCAGGCCCUAAAGGUCACCCUGUAUCUGGACAGCUGCCACUUCAGUGAGCUCCCCACUCGCUUGCAGAACGGGGGCAGCCUCAAACUGCACACCGUGCUCUUCACCAGGGCCCUGGAGAGGCCAGAGGGAGUGUCCCAACAGGACUGCGUGUCCAUGGAGGAGUUCCAGCAGCGUACCAACGCCGUCUCACUCGAGAAGGUUAAAGCCUACUACCGAAAACUCAGGGCUUUUUACCUGGAGAAGUCAAAUCUACCCACUGACUCUAACACCACGGCUAUGAAGAUAGACCAGCUCCUACGACCCCUUAACACCCUGGACGACCUAUGUCGCCUGAUGCACUCGUACCUGAAUGUGCGUCCCAACGCAGCGGGCCACCUGUCAGGCGUCAGCGUGCUGUGUGUGUCCUCGGAGCUGUGCAACCGCCUGGGCGCCUGCCACAUCACCAUGUGUGCCACCGGCAUGCAAAGGUGCACCCUGAGCGUGACCCUGGAGCAGGCCAUGAUCCUGGCGCGGAACCACAGCCUCAUGCCCCGCUGCAUCAUGCAGACCAUGGACAUCAUGCGGAAACAGGGCACCAGGGUAGAGAUCUCGGCUAAAAACCUCAAAGUGAUGGAUCAGAUGCCACCCGCAGCCCCAAGGCUCUUCAAGUUGUGUCUACCACCCCAAGACGGAGAUCUAUAAAAGAAAGGGGUGCUGUGUUUUUAUUCCUAGUAGAGCAAUUUAUUUUGUAUUAGCGAUAUACUGAAGCCUCGGUGACUAGAGAUCAUGAAUGAAUGGUUAAGGUAGAAUGGGGGAGGAGGAAGAACAGGGAGCUCUCUGCUCUCCUCUCCCAUCCAGGAGUCAUAGACAUAAGUGUGGUACCCCCCCCAACCAUGUCCCCGAAUGGAACAUUCCAGCACAGGAACAUCAAGUGUCUGGAUCCCACAGGGUCCGUGGUGUCCUGUAUAGCCCCCCCCCCCCCCCCCCCCCCCCUGUGACAUGACACUGCUGUCACUGACCUGGCAACCUGUCACUAACCUGGUAAUUCAUUGCUGGGAACCUAGAGAGGAGUGUGGGGAUGGUGACAUCAGACAAGAUAUGACCUAACAAAAAUAUGUCCGCCACCACGACAAUGCUCACACCGGGCUAUUAUCAACUGGAUUAACGCAAAAAACGCUUGUAGCAGACAUUCUUCUUCUUUAUCCACUUUGCCUUGGACUGCAACGCCAGUGUGGUAUCUUCGUCAGACAGCGUGUCUGGUAUUGCAGCUAGGAACAGAAGGCACUGCAUCAAGGAGGAGAGAAGAGUGAAAUGAUAGGGAUGGAUGGAAAGAUGGAUGGUAUGGGCUGCCCUUUGCCUUAGCCCCCCUUGCAUGCGGCGAAUGUGCAAUUACUGUAGGCUAGUGUGAGUACUGUAUUACUGCACUAUGACGCAUAGUGAUUUAUUGUAUUACUCACUAAUAUCAGGUAUUCAAGAAUUGAAAGCAUUCCGGCCUACGCAUCAUGCAGUAUUUAAUGGAGCAAUGGCAUGCCAUGUUUUGAUUUUUUUAAACUCCUUAUCUAUUUUUUUAUGUUUUGAUUUUGUCUUUGUUAUUUCCUCGGGAGUUUGAUCUGUUGACAAGUGUUAAAAUGCAGGGAGUUUUGUUAAAAAUGAAUAGGAAGGGGAGUUUUAAUCUGAGUCGGGAGAAACAAGCUAACUUUAUCUAAUCUCAAGAGUUUUUUUGUGUUUUCCAAUCUGCAUCCCGAGUCAACAGGUUGGAAUUUUUUAAGCCUUUUAAAGUAUUAAUAUAUAUUCAGUAAUAUUAAUAGUGGGAGAUUGCCUCCUGUUGACCCAGCCAACUCACAAGACCUCUUUGCGAUUUGAUUUUAAUGUUUCGAUAUUCAAAUGAGCACAAGGAUUCAUCUAAUUACUCUGAAGUGUUAGCACAAAGUACUGUAAACUGUCCCGAGGAUGAUGACAACAAAGGGAUCAGUGAAGUUAACUCUUGAUAAACAGUAGCAUUAUUUUAUUGAAGAUGUUAUAUUUCUUGUAUAUACUUACUGUAACCAAUGUCUCUGUCAGAGAAAAUAGAAUAUGGUCUAUAUCUAUGCCAUUGGCAGCAGAGUUAAUGCUAUAAUUUAAAUGUGAUUAUUUUUAUGGACAUAAUAUAGUAUGGAAAAUGUUUGAACUUUUUGGGGGUAUUCAUAUUGUACAUUUGGACAGGGACAGAUUUUGGUGUCGCGUAUAUAUCCACACUGACGACGUUGUUGACCGUUAAAAUGGCUCCACUUUCGUUUUUAGCUUGGUUUGUAUCUGUGUCAAGAUGCUGCACUCUGACUAGUUGCUCAGCCCUUGUUAUUUAUUUAGAAGCUCUUGUCAGGUCCCAGUUGAGGGUCAUGUUCAUUAGGCACCAAAUGUAUAAAAAAUGUGGCACCCAAUGUUGAAGAAAAAAAAUAAGUAAAACAGGAAGGGACUACCUGGACUUGUCCAAUUCGAAAUGCUUACUUUUGUUUUCUGUUGCAAAACAUUUAUUUUUUUAUGUUUUCCGAACACACCCAGGUUUAAAUUAUCUUUGCAGCCUCUGGUGUUGGCAUAGCUGUCAUUAAGUGAUCAAUUGAUAAAUUGUUCCACUCUUACCAGGUCACCUAUUGAUAGAAAUGUAACAUUUACUUGUUUUAAUUUCUCAUCGCUGUACAUACUUUAUUUGCAAUUUUAUGUUGCCUGAAAAUAAUUGUACAAAUACGUUUUUGAAUAUUUCUUUCUAAAAAGACCAUUUGUAAAUUGAACUUUAACAAGCUAGUAAAAUAAAAUGCUAUUCACAAAACA